CUGACCGUUUAGACGUGCCGGGUGUUCAGGUCUUCAUUUUAUGUCAAGGUUGAACAGUUGGAAGCUCCACUUUAAUAAGUUUCAUUUUAGUUUUUAGUUUUGUGCGUGUGACUAUUGUCCGUUUUUAGAACAAAAGUUAAAACAAUAACAGUUUAAAAAUUAGGGAAAAUGCUAGUUGAAAUAUUUUUAGUGUUAACAUUUGCAUGGAUGGCAAUAUUGUGGUGGCAGAACAGGGCAAAAAGGGAUAUGUGCAAAUACAUCAAAUCUGAUAUACCUACUUAUCCAUUUAUUGGAAUGGCACACAGGUUUGCUGGAAGCAGUGAAGAUAAGAUGAAAACAUUGAUGGACGUAGGUAGAGAAGGCAUUAAACACAAUGGCUGGACAAACCUGUGGCUUGGAAUGCGCUUAUUUGCAGUGGCCUGUGAUCCCGCGGAAGUAGAAUUCGUUCUCAAGACUUAUCUUGAGAAAGACGAUGUCCUUAAAUUCACGCAGAUGGUCAUAGGCAACGGCAGCAUCUUUGCCUCAGUGCCAAUAUGGAAGCCGCGCCGCAAGGUACUGGCGCCAACCUUCGCACAGAGGAAGCUUAACCACUACAUGAAGGUGUUCCAAGAACAGGGCGCCGUAAUGGUGGAUGAGCUCCGCAAGGUGGCCGAUAAGGGCAGCUUUUCAGUUUGGCAGUUCAUGACGACCUACACCAUGGAUUCUAUUUGUGAAACUACACUUGGUUGCAAAUUGGGCAUCCAGAGGCAAGGUGACCACCCCUUCCUACAUAACUUUCCACAAAUAGCCGAAUUAGUAACCACGCGCAUAUUGUCGCCUUGGCUGCACUCUGACUUCUUCUUCAAGGUUUCCGGCUAUUACAAUCUGUGUAUGAAAUAUACGAAUGUUAUCACUGACUUUGUGUCUAAGAUAAUAAAAUCAAGAAGGACUGCGCUGAAAGAAAAUAAUAAUACGAUUAAAAACGAUGAGUAUACUCCAAAACCAUUCUUGGACCUGCUGAUCGAGUCGUCAGGUGGCGAGGAACACGGUUACACCGACAGGGAGUUGCUCGAAGAGUCUCUGGUGAUGCUGAUAGCUGGCACUGACACUUCAGCAGUAGGGUCCUCAUUCGUCACCGUCAUGCUGUCGCAGCAUCUUGACAAGCAGGAGAAGGUUUAUAAAGAAAUACAGGAAGUAUUCGGUGAUUCGGACAGGCCGAUCACAGCCGAGGACUUGCCUCACCUAAAGUACUUGGAAGCCUUCAUAAAGGAAACGCUGCGACUGUACCCGCCAGUACCAAUCACGGCAAGGAAAACCGACAAAGAAUGCGUGACCCCUGCGGGUACAAAACUCAUACCCGGCGUGGGAGUACUGAUCCACAUGUGGGCGAUCCACCGCAACCCCCGCUACUGGGGCGAAGACGCCGAGGAGUUCAGGCCAGAACGGUUCUUCGACAGCCCCCCGACCCACCCAGCUGCGUAUAUGCCUUUCAGCUACGGAUCGAGGAACUGCCUUGGCUAUCAGUACGCGAUGAUGUCAAUGAAGACCAUCAUCACAUCACUGGUGAGGAAGUACAAGGUCCUGCCCGCUUCUGGAACCAGCAGUAAGGAGCCUUUACGAUUGCACUACGACCUCAUGAUGAAACAUGUUGAUAACUUCCAAGUCAAACUACAGACCAGAACUAAUUGAGGAGAAGGAAUGAACAUACAUGUAUA